UUUUCCUUAAUAUGGCGCGGGUGUGAACGUGAAGAGGCUUUCAAAGCUCAGUAUAUGCUUGUUGUUCACGUCAGGAGACACACUGGUGAAAAACCCAACUUUCCUGGUUGUGGAAAAGCUUACAGUCGCUUGGAGAACUUGAAGACUCAUAUGCGAACUCACACUGGUGAAAGGCCUUAUAAAUGCGAGUUUGCAAGUUGUACCAAAGCGUUCAGCAACGCAUCGGAUCGUGCCAAACAUCAAAAUAGAACUCACUCUGACACAAAACCGUACCAGUGUACUAUUGCUGACUGCAUCAAGAGUUAUACCGAUCCUUCUUCGCUGAGAAAGCACAUCAAAACUAUUCAUGGAGAGGAUGCAUACGAAGAAGCGAAAAGAAACAAACAGCCACAUCGAAGACGAAUAAAUGGAUCGAAAUAUGGAAACAGCUCGAUUUCUUCUCCACCCCAGCUUCAAUCGAUGAAUUCAAUUAGCCCUCCACCGCAGUUAAAUCCCAUUAGUCAGUUUUCUUCCUUUCAAAAUUCUUUUGUUUUAUGCUAG